AUGGGCAAGAAAACCUACGAGCCUGAUUCCGACUCCGACAUGGAGGACGGUGGCGCAAAGCUCACUGCACCUACGAGUAAUGUUGCGAAGUCGACCGACGCCAUGGACGUAGACGUUCCCCCAACCCCCGCCGACAAGAAACAGGCUGCGGCCGCCGCACGCGCCGAACGGGCUGCGCGUAGGAAGCAAAGACGUGAAGAGCUUGCGGCACAAGGAGGCUCACAGGUCUCAUCGAUUGCCAGCACACCGAACCCGGACUCCGAACCCGCGUCGCCCACGAAGAAUAGCCAGGAGACAAAGUCAAGAAGAAAGAAGACGGAAAGAAAGACCCCUAAGAAGGCGAAUAAUACUGAGAAGACGGACGAGAAGGCUGAAGAGAAGAUCGAUCCGGCGGCAGACACGGAGACACCCAGCGAGCCCGCCACCGCACCCGCUCCGGCACCUGCUACGGACGCCGAGCCGCAUCCGGUCGUGGUCGACACAAAGCCUGCCAAGACCGAGGCCACAAACACCACAAGCACAUCCGUGGCGGGUGACACCAUGUCGAACGCACCCAGCUCGGUCAGCGGGGUCGACUCACAACACCAGGGCCUCAACCGCGCGGCGCGGCGGCGGCUGAUGCAGAUUGAAAACCGGCGGCUGGCGAUCAAGAAGGAGCUCGGCAUCGCGGUUGACUCGGACGACCGCCAGGCCGAGGUGAACGCUCUGCUGGCGGCCUGGACGGCACAGUUUGACGAAAAGGCCGAGGCGCGCGCGGCCAAGAAGGCGGCCAAGAAAGACUUGUCAGCAAAGGGUAAGCUUCUCACAGGACACAACAUCAACGAUUAUGAGAAGCAGAAGCAGAUAAAGAAGCAGAAACGAAAAGAGGCCCUAAGAGCCCGGCAGGAAGGCAGCUAG